GGAUAAAUGUAGCGCCGCGGCGCGGGCCGGCAGCUCUCCGAGGGGCCGGAGCGCAGCGGAGCCAUGCAGUACCCGCACCCCGGGCCGGCGGCGGCGGGCGCCGUUGGGGUGCCGCUGUAUGCGCCCACGCCGCUGCUGCAACCCGCGCACCCGACGCCGUUCUACAUUGAGGACAUCCUGGGCCGGGGGCCCGCCGCGCCCACGCCCACCCCCACGCUGCCGUCCCCCAACUCCUCCUUCACCAGCCUCGUGUCCUCCUACCGGACCCCGGUGUACGAGCCCACGCCGAUCCACCCCGCCUUCUCGCACCACUCCGCCGCCGCGCUGGCCGCCGCUUACGGACCCGGCGGCUUCGGGGGCCCUCUGUACCCCUUUCCGCGGACGGUGAAUGACUACACGCACGCCCUGCUCCGCCACGACCCCCUGGGCAAACCGCUGCUUUGGAGCCCCUUCUUGCAGAGGCCUCUGCAUAAGAGGAAAGGCGGCCAGGUGAGGUUCUCCAACGACCAGACCAUCGAGCUGGAGAAAAAGUUUGAGACCCAGAAAUACCUCUCCCCGCCCGAGAGGAAGCGUCUGGCCAAGAUGCUGCAGCUCAGUGAGAGACAGGUGAAAACCUGGUUUCAGAAUCGACGUGCUAAAUGGAGACGACUAAAACAGGAGAACCCUCAAAGCAAUAAAAAAGAAGAACUGGAAAGUUUGGACAAUCCCUGCGACCAGAGGCAAGACUUGCCCAGUGAGCAGAAUAAAGGUGCUUCUUUGGAUAGCUCUCAAUGUUCGCCCUCCCCUGCCUCCCAGGAAGACCUUGAAUCAGAGAUUUCAGAGGAUUCAGAUCAGGAAGUGGACAUUGAAGGCGAUAAAGGCUAUUUUAAUGCUGGAUGAUGACCACUGGCAUUCGCCUGGACUUGGGAAUGACAUUUUGCUGCAGAAAAUCUUCAUAGAAGAACUGGAAAACUAUAUGAGAAAGGGAACUAAUUUUCUGAUAUUCUGGAAACCUAAAAUAUUUGGUGUACUGGGUAAUUAAGAAACCCACAUUGAAACUUUAAUUUUGACUUUAGGUUGUUUUGAUAAAGUGACUUUUUUUUUUUUUAACAAAGCCUCCGUGUCACUUGAAUAAAGCGACUUUU